AUGUCGGCUCCUGUCCAUUCAGAGGAUGGAGUCCGCAGACCUCUUUUGGCGGACCAGAGAAAUGCUGAUGAAACUGCUGAGUCUUCAUCACGCACGUUCAAACGGAACCUGGGAGCUUCUGAAGCGUUUGCCAUCGUCAUAAGUAUCGUUAUUGGCAGCGGCAUCUUCACCUCGCCGGGAGCCAUUGACAGCAAUGUUCCUUCGCCAGGUGUGGCGCUGAUCAUAUGGCUGGUGGGUGGUAUUCUUGCUUGGACCGGAGCCACGACCAUGGCGGAGCUUGGAACGGCUAUUCCCGGUGAAGGAGGCGUCCAGCCGUAUCUGCAGUACAUCUUUGGUGAUGUCUUUGGUUUCUUGGCUGCCUGGACAUGGAUCAUUGCCAUCAUGCCUGCCACAUUGGCGAUUUUGAGCAUUGCGUUCAUCGACAGUAUCUAUUCUGCCGCCGGCUUUACGAAUUCUGCUACAAGCAUAGAGCGAAAGCUCCUAUCGAUUCUUGUCCUAGUGGUCAUCAGUCUGGCUAACUCCAUCAGUACAAAGGCAACUACGCGGCUCAAUAACUUCUUCGUUGUCACCAAGUUUGUGAGUAUCGCUGGAAUUGUAAUAGCUGGUAUAGUGGUUAUCAUUAUACAAACCUCAAAUCCAAACAGAAACAUCGGUGGGCGGGACUGGUUUACUAGACCUUGGUUUGGGUAUAGGGAGACAGUAAAUCCGGACGGAACUCGCAUCGACUGGACAAAAUUACAGGAAUGGGAAAUUCUAGGCCAUUACUCUGCAGCUUUGUACGGGGCAUUGUGGGCAUACUCUGGCUGGGAUAAGGCAAUAUAUAUUUCGGCUGAGCUCUCAUCACCGGCCCGCCAACUGCCCCUAGCUCUCAACACCGCGAUUCCGACGAUUAUUCUCUGCUUUAUUGCAGCAAAUGCGAUUUACUAUAUCCUUCUGCCAUGGAAUCUGAUUUCUUCAACAAACAGUGUUGCGGUAACCGCCAUCUCCCGUCUCUUGGGACCUGCUGCGGGCGUUAUAGCAGCAAUCCUCAUCUGUCUUGUUAUUGCUGGUUCUCUUCUCGGAAACUCAUUCGUUGCAGGCCGCAUGGUCGUUUCAGCCUCCAACAAGAACUGGCUCCCAGGCUUCCUUGGAUUCGUCGGCCGUAUCGGCGUUGUUUUUGAUUCCAUUACAGCGUCGGAGGAGUCUUCUAGGGAUUCACCAGACGUCCCGAAGCAAUCAGGGUCUGAUGCCCCUAUCAAUGCUAUCAUCCUCGAAACCAGCCUCGCGGCCCUAUAUAUCCUCCUUGGAAACUUCCGUGCUCUGCUCACUUUCAACGGCCUGGGUGAGUAUUCAUUCUUCUUCAUUACAGUCCUUGGAGCGGUUAUUUUGAGGUUCCGCCAACGUGACUUGCAUCGGCCAUACAAGCCGUUGGUGAUCGUUCCCAUCGUCUUCGCGGUAGUGAGCGGCUUCGUUGUUGUAAGAGGCGCUGUAUUCGCACCGGUGCAGGCCACUAUUUUGAUCAGUCUGUGGGCGAUCGGUCUGGUGUUCUACUGGGUCAGGAGAAGGUGGAUAGCAAGGGGAUUGAACCACGGGGGCUAGGAGCAAAUCGUUGGAAAAUACAUUGUGUACUUAAAGAUACUGUCCAGUCGGCCUAGAGUAUCGACUAAUCAUACGCGCUUACGAGCAACCCAUGAGCGGCAUUUGGGUAAAGAAACUACAACGACUAAAACAGGAGGGGGACCGAGAAGGAGCGUUUCUGCAGGACUUUUCUUCUUCUUAGAAGCAGAUGUUGCGGAUUGCCAGGAGACUUGAAGUAAAUGUCGCCCAAGCAUGCAUAAUAGCAGAUCAUGACGGACACAGCAAUCAUAAGGUUCUGUCGUUAAAAAAGAGGCAUAUGAAAUGACCCAAAAAAACACCGCCAGUUUAGCAUCGUACCACGCGAUAUAUAAACAAGUCGUUACAGAGCGUUUUAUACAACCACAUGCACA